GAAGGGGGCUGUUGUGUGGAGCGAAGAGGCCGCCCUGGAAGAGAAACACGCACAAUCUCUGCAUCAGACUCAAACGUGUUGUGGAGCCAGGCGCAACGCACUCCGCUGGAAUACCGCGCAUCGCUGGAUCGACAUGACCUGAAGUAACAUUACGGGAUCUUCCCUCAAAUAGCCGUCCUUAGCCUUAGUCGGUGUCCUUUUGAUGUCGCGCGAAUGUCGCAUUUCGUCCUCGCUCCAUACCUGGCAGCUGUCUACUGUAUCAAAACAUGCACACUGCGUUUAAAAACAGCGGACAGUGUCUGUCAGAAUACGCCCGCAAGAUAUUCCGCGCUGUACCCGCUUGGCAGUAUACACUGUUUUUAGGCUGUUCAGUGGCGAGAGGCCCCAAAACGCCUCAAGAACAAGGUUACACUGUUUGAUGCCCUUAGCACAUGCUAACGUUUCACUAAUAAGCUGCCAGGAACCCAUUGUGCAGCUGCAAUAGGCACUCAUUCGACAAUACCAAAAACUUGGGUAUGUAAUAGGCCUAUAGUAACAGUAUAGUAGGCCUAACACCCAUCCUUGAUUCACACACGUGAAGCACACCAAACCACCCACGCUUGUUGGAUAGGUUACUUGUAGGUAACUUGUAACACUUGUUAGAUAGGUUACUUGUUACUUGUUAAGUAGCAGAGAAUGAAGUCUUUGCCAGGGCCACUGAGCUCUUAAAAAUAACCCGGUGCCCCGAAAUAGCCCUCUGGUUGGCUCCCCAAUUCUAGCACUGCCAUGUUUUCCUAUCACACAUCCUCAGCUUCCAUCUAUGUUGCCGCAUGAAAAGCAGCAAAAAGUUAAUGCCACCACUAUAGUUUGAGAAAUAGAAUGGCAUUGGAAUGGAUUGCGUAAUGUACCCAACUGGUAUAUGUUUCUGUAACAGCCAGGACGCAUGGAAACAAUUGGGCCUACCUCCCUAAUCAGCUGAGAGAGCACUCCCAUCUGGAGUUAAUCCCAUAGUUUACCUUAUGUUGGGGGGUGGUAAGUGGACUGCAACAGUCUGGUAGAAAACCCUGUACCCCAUAUGGCCACUCUGUUAUGACAAUGAGAUAAAGAUAAAGGCGCCACCUGAUGCUGAAGGAUUUGGACAUAAGCGUAUGGAAUUGACACAUAAACAAAGGCAGUCGGUGGUUGCAAUUGGCCAAGCCCUCCCUUCAAAUGCCCCUGUGUUUGGCACACUGGCAGUAGGCUACAGCUGUGACUGAAACGGAGGACUCCUUCAGUUCGCCACUUCAUCCUCCCUGCGGAACCAAUCAACAUUGCUCUCAGGUUGUGCCAUGUACUACCCCUCUCGUCCGCGGCUCCUGACCACGUGACCACCAGCUUCCCACCUCCUGCCGUGCGUCCACUUCCUGUUUGGCCCAGAGGAUGCUGGGACUGUGUCGUGGGCGCAGGAAGUUCCUGGCCUUCUCCCUCUUCCUGCUCUUCAUCCCAGCACUCACCUGGCUCUACCUCUCUGUUGGCAACUUCCAAGUGAGGCACCUCCCCCUGUCGCCCCUGGAGCCCCAGUCCUCGCCUCUGAUUGGUGGAGGCGGGGAGCGGCAGGCACUGGAGCUACGAAUGCGCGAGGUGGAGGAGGAGAACCGUGCCCUGAGGAGAGAGCUGAGACAGCCCCCUCUCAGCCCCUCACGCCCACAGCAGCAGCAACAACAACAACAACAACAACAACAAACAGGUCACCAUGGCAACCGCUCGGCCCCACGCUCCAAUGAGGAAGGGACGGGGGACAGUGGCAGACAGAGACAUAAGCAGGUGGUGGCAGCAGUGGCUGGUAAUGGAUCAGAAUGUGCACACCAACCUGUGGUGGAUAAAUGUGAGACGAUCCACUUGGCGAUAGUGUGUGCGGGCUACAACGCCAGCAGGGAUGUGGUGACACUGGUCAAGUCCGUCCUGUUUCACAGACGUAACCCUCUGCAUUUCCACUUCAUCACGGACUCCAUCGCCCAGCGCAUCCUGGCCUCCCUCUUCCACACCUGGAUGGUGCCGGCCGUACGAGUCGACUUCUACGAUGCCGACGAACUCAAGUCGGAGGUGUCGUGGAUCCCCAACAAGCACUAUUCUGGGAUCUACGGUCUGAUGAAGCUGGUGCUGACCAAAGCGCUGCCCUCUGACCUCAAGCAGGUCAUCGUCCUGGACACCGACAUCACCUUCGCUACCGACAUCGCAGAACUCUGGGCCGUCUUUCACAAGUUCACAGGGCAGCAGGUUCUGGGUCUGGUGGAGAACCAGAGUGACUGGUACCUGGGGAACCUCUGGAAGAACCAUCGGCCCUGGCCAGCCCUCGGCAGAGGCUUCAACACAGGUGUGAUUCUGCUCCUUCUGGACCGCUUGAGGAAGCUCCGAUGGGAGCAGAUGUGGAGGCUGACCGCAGAGAGGGAACUAAUGAGUAUGCUGUCCACCUCGCUAGCAGACCAGGACAUCUUCAAUGCGGUGAUCAAGCAGAACCCCUUCCUGGUGCACCAGCUGCCCUGCUUCUGGAACGUUCAGCUGUCGGAUCACACACGCUCCGAGAAGUGCUACAGAGACGUGGCAGACCUCAAGGUGAUCCAUUGGAACUCUCCUAAGAAGCUGCGUGUGAAGAACAAGCACGUGGAGUUCUUCCGGAACCUUUACCUGACAUUCCUGGAGUACGAUGGGAACCUGCUGAGAAGGGAACUCUUUGGCUGCCCCAGCGAGACAGACCACAACAGUGAGAAUCUCCAGAAGACCCUGCUAGAGCUGGAUGAAGAUGACCCGUGCUACGAGUUCCGUCGGGAGCGAUUCACCGUCCACCGCACACACCUCUACUUCCUGCACUAUGAAUACGAGCCGGCAGCAGACAACACAGACGUCACUCUGGUGGCACAGCUCUCCAUGGACAGACUGCAGAUGCUGGAGGCCAUCUGCAAGCACUGGGAGGGCCCCAUCAGUCUGGCCCUGUACCUGUCGGAUGCGGAGGCCCAGCAGUUCCUGCGCUAUGCCCAGGGCUCGGAGGUGCUGAUGAGCAGGAGCAACGUGGGCUACCACAUCGUCUACAAGGAGGGCCAGUUCUACCCCGUCAACCUGCUGCGCAACGUGGCCAUGCGGCAGGUCAACACGCCCUACAUCUUCCUCUCCGACAUCGACUUCCUGCCCAUGUAUGGCCUCUACGAGUACCUCAGGAAGUCUGUGGUUCAGCUGGACAUGGGCAGUACCAAGAAGGCUCUAGUGGUGCCGGCCUUCGAGACGCUGCGCUAUCGCCUGUCCUUCCCCAAAUCCAAAGCAGAGCUGCUGUCCCAGCUGGACAUGGGUACUCUCUUCACCUUCAGAUACCAUGUUUGGAUGAAGGGCCAUGCUCCCACCAACUUUGCAAAAUGGCGGACGGCCACCACGCCGUAUCGCGUGCAAUGGGAGUCGGACUUUGAGCCGUACGUGAUGGUGAGGAGGGACUCCCCCGAGUACGACCGGCGGUUCGUGGGCUUCGGCUGGAACAAGGUGUCUCACAUCAUGGAGCUGGAUGCCCAGGAGUACGAGUUUGUGGUCCUGCCCAAUGCCUACAUGAUCCACAUGCCGCACGCGCCCAGUUUCGACAUCACCAAGUUCCGCUCCAGCAAGCAGUACCGUGUCUGCCUGAAGACGCUCAAAGAGGAGUUUCAGCAAGACAUGUCCCGGCGCUACGGUUUCACUGCCCUAAAAUACAUGACUGUCGAACACAACAGCUAACCUAACCAUGCUACGAGUCUCACCACAAACAUCUCCUGAAGACUAGUGAUCGGAAUAUGCGGGGAAAAUGUCGGAGAAAGUUUGGAGAAUAUGUUGUUCCUUUCAGAUUUUCUCUCUUACCCCUCCUAGGACACAGCCUUGUCCUGACUCUGUGCCAAUGUGGAGGGGCCAGUGUGACUUUUUUAGUGGCGGUCCUGUCCCUACUGUCUUGGCAGUGGAGGACUUUUCUGCCUAGAGUGCCAUCCGUCCUAGCCCCAAAUGGUGUUGUCAGCAGGAAGAACAAAAUUGUUGAAUGUCUCCUCUGACAAAUACCCCCCUCUACUAUAUAUCUCUCUCUAUUUUUUUUCCCUUGCUGUUGGUCAGUCCGGCGCUCGGGGAUCUUGCUCACUGGCCUGUCAUUUAUUUACUGAAGGAGGCUCUGCGGUGGCAGGGAUGGGGACAGAAGAUGGAGGACAGAGAUAGUGGGGUGGCGAAUGGAGAGGGAUGCCAUGUGACGGGGCUGGUUUAGAGAGGGAGAGAGGAGAGGAGACUAAAAGGAGGAGCAAACCAGAGAGGAGAGGGGAGGAGAAGAGAGGAGGGGAAAGGAGGGGAUAAGAGCAGAGAGCAGAGCAGGGGACAUAGGAGAGGAGAGGAGA